CCUUUUUAAAGCCCGUCGGACCCACCUCCGGAGGCAGGAUGGAUUUCAAGUUCCAGUCUGUCGGAAUCACGAGAAGGGACGAAGCAGAAUGAUGUUUAUGUUUGCCCGGCGGCCGUGGUGAACCCCCCAAGAACGCCUUGCGCCUGCUCCUCUCGAGCUCCGGACCGUGGCCCUUACGUGUACGCCGACAAGACGCCAAGAUGGCGGCGGUGGUGCCUCCGGACCCUUCGACCUUCACGCCGGAGUACGUCAAUGCGAGCAAUGCGGCGCGGAUCGUGGGCGUAGUGGGCGUCUUCCACUUCAUCGCCCUCACUUUCGUCUCGCUGCGUCUUUACGUCCGCGCCUUCAUGGUCAGGGCCGUCGGGGUCGACGAUCUCCUCAUUGUGGGGGCUGCUGCUCUCGCGCUCAUGUCAUGGAUCUGUUUGGUGCUCCAAAUACCGCACGGCCUCGGCCGUCACGGCUGGGUGGUCCCAGUCGAGGAACGGAUCAAGUUUGAGCAGAUCACCUUCUGGAAGACGGUCUUCUCGGACGGCGUCGCCAUGGGAUUGCUGAGGAUAUCAAUGGCCAUCAGUCUACUACGGCUCAAGAAGGACCUCAAGUGGUAUCGGUAUUCCCUCUUUGCUAUUAUGGGCUUCGUCGUGGCGUAUUCGAUCCAAGCUAUUGCCUGGCUAUUCGUUUACUGCACCCCGUUCUCGGGCUGGUGGGAGUUUCAGUGGAUGAACCCGUUCGAUCCCCGGUGUAAAUCCUUCACCACGUUUGUCAAUCUUGUGUAUUGGAAUAUCUCCUGCAACAUCUUUACCGACGUGCUCCUUGGAGCACUGCCCGUUCCCAUCAUUUGGAACCUCAAAAUGAGGCUCCGAGUAAAGCUCUACGUGAUUGGCAUUCUCAACCUGGGAUAUCUCGCUGUCCUGAUGGGCAUUCUCAAAGCUGUUUUCAUGCUCACGACCGGAGGCGAUCCCGACGCCAUCUUCGACUACUGGGUCCACUUCUGGGAAAAUCUCCAGCUCAACAUCGGCAUCAUCGCCGCCUGCGCCUCGUUCCUCAAGCCACUCGUCGGACGUCUUCUGAAGAUCAACAGCUCAGCCGGCUACUCGUACCCAGAGACCCCGUAUGGCCGCAGCGGGAACACCCCGCAUGGUCUCCAGACCAUCGGCAGCAAAUAUGCCAACAGAAGGCGGACUGCUGACCAGAGCCACAUCGGCGACGAAUUCGAGCUCCACACUAAGGCUCGCUCGUCAGCCGAAGGGCCUCAGGUGGUCACAAGCGUGGAAGGCGCCCGGCAGCCGCGCAGGGCUUCGCCGAAUUACUCAACUGAGGGGGUGGACAGGGUGCCGUCUGACACCAACAGCGAGGAGAUCAUUCUGCAGAAGCAGGAUGCCCCUAAUGAUGGGAUUAUGAUGACAAGAGAUAUCAGCGUGCGGUAUAGCACUAAACAGCACUAAAUUGUGGUCCAAGGGUUGCUAUGCCAGCAUGUAAGGCACAUGUGGUGCAUCACAAUGGAGGAGGGUACGCGGCGUUAUUUGGCAUUUUGCGGGCUUGGGUCAGGGCUUACCGCCUAAAAGGAGGCAUUCUGUACAUGUGUAAACAAAUACAAAUAUUCC